AUGUUUAAAUUUCCAUGUUUUAGAGAUAAAAAAUGGAUGAAACAAAAUGGAACAAAUAUGAAAUAUCCAGACGAAUUUCUUAAUGUGCAAUUCCGUCCAGAUUUUUUAAAAAAUUAUGAACAUACAGUCAAUUUUGAACAAAAAGUUGAACAUGUCAUAAAUCAAAUUAAAUCAGCAUUAUUUCGGCAAGCUAUAUAUAAAAUACAAAAUAUUGAAGUAGUGGCUAUGAAUGAAUGCAGAGAAGAUAGAGUUUUAGAAAGAAUAAAGAAAAUUAGAGGUUAUGAAAGUUUUAAAGUAUCUAAUAGUAAAAUUUUAUGUGAUGAAAUAUGGACAAUAAAAAGAUGCGAUAAAAAAAUUUCAUAUUGGGUACGCUAUUAUGAACAAGAUAAAAAUGGUUAUUCAUUGUCAGUUAUACCAACUCAAAUAAAAAAUAUUUUUUAUUUUUUUAAAUAUUAUUAUUUUUAA